AUGGAGAGUAUCAUGACCAUCUCUUUACCUCCGGAGGUAUCCUACCAGCAGCAUCCGAGCGAUCAAAUUCUUGCCAAGUUCAAAGAGCGAACUGCGCCCACUGUCAGUAUCGGCAAGCGACUAGCAAUCUAUCAGAAUGAAGUCACAAAGCUGGCACCCUGUCACCCGUUCUUGAUGCAUGCGAUCGCCACCCUGACCCUGAUGCACGACCGUCACCUGAUAAUGGCUGAUACGCCAAUUUAUAACUCAAAACUUACUCCAGCCGAAUCUUAUCAGUGGUACCGAGCCGCAUCGUCGUUCAAUGACCGCUUGUCGUCAUUGCAGCGGUGCCGCGCAGGGGAAAGCAUACCUGCCUCCACGCAGCUUGCUUUACUUAGCACAGCAGCUAUUCUCUGGGCUAUAUCCUUCUAUUAUACUGCUGCUAGAUCACCAGAAGAGGCGUGGCCGCUCAAGUCUCCGUCCUCAUCAGAUCUCAAUUGGCUACGCAUGAACAACGGCAAAGAACAAAUAUGGAAAGUGACUCAAUCGUAUCCCCCAGACCCCAUGUCCAUGGCCUUGGCUUCCAUCCAGACUCAUGAGAUGCUCCCGGCUCCCAACUUGAACAUUGAUGCUCUCUUGGGCAACCUCCCGCCGGCGUUUAUUCGUCUCUUCAACCUCGACGAUCGCGACCUUCGACUGGGUAUCUCUGAGGACCCAUACUACACCAUUGGAGUGCAACUUGGUCAAGUAGCUUAUAAAGAAUGUCCCCUUCACGUGAGUGUCCUGGGCUUUAUCUCUUUCAUUAGCGGCAUGUCUCCUCUGGUCAGGGGACUACUGGAAGCGAAGGAUCCACGCUUGCUGUUGGCGCUGGCUCUUUGGUAUGCUAAGCUGUACCACAUUGGAAUUUGGUGGAUGUCCCGGCGGCUACUUCUAGAGGGUCAAGCCAUCUGCACAUAUCUAGAGCGUUUCUACCCCCAUGAUUUCGACAUUCAGACCCUUUUGGAAUCUUCUCGGAUUACUUUUCGCACUGAGGGAUUCUAG